AUGUUUGUCAAGUACUUGGGAAAAGGGUUAGGUGAGAUUGCAACUUUGAGCCGGCUGUCAAGUCAUGAAUGGAGGGUUCACAUACGUACAGAGAGAGAUGGCACAUUUUUUAGCGACGGUUGGGAGACAUUUUAUGAAGACAAUGAUCUUGACAUUGGUGAAGUUGUAUUCUAUACAUAUCUUGGAGGCAUGCACUUUGAUGUUAAAAUUUUUAACAAAGAUGGACUCGAGAAGGUGUGGGACACUUAUGCUAUUCAGAAUUCUAAUGAAGAAAGUGAUCAUGAUAAUCCUUCAACCACUCAAGCACAUGCUGAAAGGGCUAUCAUACCAUGA